AUGGAGGCACGACAGCUCACCGUGAGUAUUCCUCGAUUGGAGGUCAAGACAUAUCGCCGGGUUUGUGCUGCUUCAGACCGUAUUCCUAAGCCGCCCCACUUCAUCUACCACCUUCGCUGCACUUGGACGGGUCAUCGCAGGACUGAUCUCGAAUUCGGUUCCCAUGAAGACUUCAUCUCUCAGCAGAAGGGUGAGAGUUACUGGUGGGAUUCGCUGCCGUCCAGCUACACUGUGAAACGCAGAUGGGGCGACAUCCAGAAGUUCCACAACUUAGUUGACCAAGAGUUGGCCUUCGACAAACAGGGAGGUUACCGACGUGUCAAGACUCGAACACCAGUUCUGCCCAAAGCUGGAGAACUGGAUGCUUUUCUAGUCUCUCUUGCAGCCACUGGCGAUGUCAUGGCGCUCACCCGCCGGCGGUCCGAGAUAUCGUCCGACUUGGAAGAUGCUCUGGAAGAAUUGGACUUGCUGAAUACGGUCUACAUAGAUCGCCUACGGCCUUACUUUCAGGAGAUUAAUAAGGUCCUAGCCGAGGUCCCUCCCGAGCUUAUCCAGGAAUGCACCGCUUUGCGGAACUUCGUGACAAGCGGAGUCAGUUGCAAGAAGAGGCCCCCUGCUGGUGAGACCUUCUGUGGCCGAGGACCCUUUUGCUUGGAGCCGUCCCACUACAUUGCAGAAGGCAAGAAGGAGCUGCAGCGGCGUGCGGAAAGGGCCAAGUCAGAAGUGUUUUCCGCGAGCCGGGCAAGCUCCCCACGUGAUGAUGACCAUUCCAAAAAGUCCUUGCGGAAGAAGCCUUCACGGCAGCUGACGCAGGGCUCUUCGACGGGAAUGAUGUCAAGACGGGCUUCCACUGCUCAAAAGUCCGAUAAAGGCCUUCUGGCGCAGUCCUCUUCUCUACCAGCCCUCAGCAUGGAGGCCUUAGAGGGCUUCGAAAAGCGCAGAUCUUCAGUGGAUGAGCUUUUGCUGGAUGACGGGGAGGAUGACCGCUUUGAGAGGCUCGCAGCUUCACACUAUGGUUUUUUCGCCCAGCGAAUCUCCAAGAAGGAUAUGGCCGCCUCGGCAAAGGACUACUGGAGGCUGAUGUCCUUAAAGGAGAAGAAGGAGAUGGGCAGAAGAGCCAUGCUGUUGCCACUGGAUGCAGUUGCACCUCCGCCUUCCAGGGUACAGGAAGAUCUCGACGAUUGCUCCUUGUACAGUGCCAGAAGCUUCUGGCUCAGCACUCCACAGGCGACAUCCACCAGUCAGAAGUGCUCGCGACUGCCAAGCUUGCCACCUCCGGGUCAGACGGAACCCUUCAGAGAGGACACCAGUGGCUUGAAACGAAGGCCAUCUCCUGAGCGGCAAUCAGUGGGUUUGUCCUCAUUGAUGAAGAAACCCGCUGAGAAGACCGAGCACAUGGAGGUGGUGGUCCGCGAUCUCUGCGAAGGCUUCCAGGUGCUCCUGUUGGGCGAGGCGGCACCGCAGGUCCCAAGAAGUAUGCGCUUGAAGGAGCCGAUGAAGGUUUACCCUCAGCCCGGGCGGGAGCAAACGAUGAAGGUAUACCGUGUGUAUUGCAACCUGCUGCACAGCGAAGGUGUUGAUCCCUCCGGAGAAUUGCUACCAGAUAUGCCAGCAGAGAAGGAGACGAAGGGCAAGCUGAAUCCCCAGGAAAGCCGGGCCUUCCUGAGUUCGGCUAGCAGGAAAGCCCACGAGCAGGCUCGGCGUCGGCAAAGGAGACAUGGCGUCAACUUUGGGCAGGAGCAGGCACGCAUCUCCUGGCCAACCAUCUUGCGAUGGGGUCAGCAUAUGGAAGAUCUUUCUGCGGAUUUCAGGUACCGCUCUGUCACAGCAGCAUUGAACCGUGCACUCCAGCUCUGGAGAAAGAAACAGGCCACUCCACGGCAACGACAGGAAGGUGUUGAUUUGUCGAUGAUGAUCCAGUGGACAUGGCCGGACGUGAGGGAGGAUCGCGUUGCAGACAUGAUGCAGUGGAUUUUGGAGUCGGAGCUGGACAAGUUCCGGCAGCCCACGCCCAGGCUGAUGGAUCCCCACGACCGGCUGAUCUUGGAGGCCUUAUUUCACCGCCUAGAUGAAAAUGGAGUGGGAUCCUGUGCUCCUGAGGACAUCGCUGGAGGAGAAGAAGAGACGGAUGAGAGCAGAAAGGAGAACAUCGUGGAUGUUGAAACAGUGAAGGCUGUGGUUGGAGAGGACCGAAUUGAAUUGCUGCCAUUUCUGGAGCUCAUGUGUGAGAUCUCAGAGUGUGGCGUUCGCGCUCACGAUGGUGCCACUGAGGUCUUGAGGCAGGAUGGGCGAAAGCUGGUGCUGCAGCAUCGAAAAGCUGUGGGUGGAAAGAUUUGGGUCUUUGAUGGCACACCUCCAGAAGAGGAGCAGUGCAGACGGGUCGCUGAUGUCUUUGAGGCAGAAGUUCUGCGAUGGAGAGCCGCGGCCACUGCCAAUAUCCCGGUGGCGACACAGGUGGAAGAACUGGAUCCUGAGAACGAGGCAGAGGAUAUCAUGGCGCUGCUGGACUCUGAGGAGUCGGCGACGACCAAAAGGUACGUGGAAGAGUCGCGAGUUGCUUCAGAGAAGGCAUUGAUGGAGGUCCGCUCCGAGCUGAGCGCCUUCAUCGACGAGCAGCGCGUCUUUUGCGGCUUCAUCGAUACCGAGCAAAGGUCCUACCAGGAGUUGAUCCGUCAGGAGGUCAAUGCUUUGUCCCGUUUGGUGGAUGCCACUUUGCGUAUUGAUCCUCCGAUGUCCAACAUCGGCGCAUCGCCAGCCUCAACGCUUGAGGGCCUGCAGCCCUUGGAGCCAAUGGGGGAGCUCCCCAUUGCCUUUGCUGAUCAGGUUUUGAGAAGCUCUGGGUGA